ACGAUUUCAAACCCGAAAGGUGCAUAAACUUGCAUUCUCGAAAAAGCCAGAUUAGGACAGCCCCCAAAACCACGAUCCCUCGCCACGCGCCUCCCAGAGAAUGGAGCAGCCCAAGUCGGAGACUGAGCAAUCUUCGCAAACUCCGAUACAGGACCCGAAUCCAAAGCCUGAUCCGAAAGAGACGUCUCACUCCCCGAGGGACGGCAAGUGGACGAGUUUCGUUAUGGCAUCGGAGACUCAAAAUGAGAUUCAGACUCAGACCGAGCCAUCGACGACCCCUACGGCUUCCAGGAAAUCGGUGCAUUGGAGCCCCGAAUUGGUGACUGAAUCGUCCGCUAUGUCAUCCCACGGAUCCAACAACCCCUACGUUUCUCCUUCCCCUGCAUCCUCGUCGUCAUUUUCGUUCAAGGAUUCGAUGGACUCUGUACGGAACGUGCUGGGAAGAUGGGGAAAGAAGGUUGGGGAAGCCACUAAGAAAGCUGAGGAUCUCGCUGGAAACACUUGGCAACACUUGAAAACCAGCCCUAGUUUUGCUGAUGCUGCUAUGGGAAGAAUUGCACAGGGAACAAAGGUCCUAGCAGAAGGUGGAUAUGAGAAAAUUUUCCGACAAACGUUUGAGACAGUUCCUGAAGAGCAACUUCAAGAUUCAUAUGCAUGUUACCUAUCUACAUCAGCUGGUCCAGUCAUGGGAGUUCUAUAUCUGUCUACAGCAAAGCUUGCUUUUUGUAGUGAUAAUCCUCUUUCGUAUAAAGUUAAUGGCCAAACCGAAUGGAGCUAUUAUAAGGUGGUUAUCCCGUUACAUCAACUCAAAGCUGUUAAUCCUUCAACAAGCAGAAACAAUCAUGCUGAAAAGUACAUUCAGGUCAUCUCUGUUGAUAACCAUGAAUUUUGGUUUAUGGGCUUCUUGAACUACGAUGGUGCUGUGAGAUGCCUAAAGGAAUCUUCGGAAGCCAUGAACAAUUCACAAUCUGCAUGAUACCUGUUGUUGUGGCUCAUGGUCACACUUUAUUGUACAAUAUGCUCCAUUUAACUCAGAGAAGUUAACAGAUUAGACAGUUUUAUCAUGUGCUGGUCAAAUUUGUUUGAGAACUUGUGAUAAUCGUUUGAAUUGAAACGAAGUAAUUGUAGAGUUGGAUUUUGGUAUAUUUUGGGAGGAAAGCCACAAAUAUAUAUUUAUUGUUUUUGAGUC